CACAUGCCACCAUCAGAGCAAACCUCCAAUAUUUGUCACAUCGUGACCUAGUACCUACGGAUCCAAGGAUUGUAAUAUUCGACCGUGUUCAGAUGCUAAACCUCUCAACACUCCAAACCUAUCUCACGCAGCUACUCUCACCUAUUGACACCAUUCACACUGCACUCCUUCUGACACCAGAGGGUGCAAUUGUCUCCUUUGCCUGUUCGUCAACGGCCAGUGGAAGUGGGAGCGAUCAAAGAAAUACAACACACGUAGUUACGCAUCCUAGCACCAAUGGACAUAUGACCCCCCCUAAUGCUCACGCGUCAAGCGCCAACGGACAUACUCCGCCACCAUGCCGUACUCCACCAUUACGAGGGAGCACAGAAUGUAGUACAUCCCCGCACGCGCUUGGUAAAGCUGCAUCGGGUAGCGGAUGUUCCCAGACGACGUGUUUACACCGGUCGAAAGACGAGAUAUGGAUAUUGGCCGGGCUAAGUGCUGAAGUGUGGGCUGAGACGAGGGGUGAAGAAGGGGUUGAAAAGGGGAUGGGGAUGGUUGAGAGUGAGCUUGGACGAAUAGUUGUCGUCCCUGUCGAUAAUGCUAGUCCGGAAUUACAAGAUGAAAGAGAACCGCUGCUAUUACUUGCUGUAAAUGGUGGCGCAGAAGCUGAUUGGAAGACUAUGUGUGCAAAAGCCAAAAAACUAGGAGCAUACCUUGCCCCCUCUGUAAACAAACAUCGCAGCGCUAUCGAAGCGUCUCCGCUGAAUCGGACGUUGGCUACUACGAGCAAGAGUCGGACGAGGAGUACGACUACGUCGCCAGGGGGAGUUUUACGGUAGUCACGCUGAAGCGCACGAUUUGAUGUGUGCGACUUGAUGCUGCACGUCUGCGUCAGUAGCCAAUGACAAGACGCGGUUUUGUAUGCACACGACCUAUGGUUGGUGGUGCCCUCCAUGACGAUGAACUAAAAUAAUAAUACUACGGGUACCGUACCGCAGGAUAUCUAGUAUCACCUAAGUUGUAUUUUAAUGGAGUGCUCUGGACAAGCUCUGGAGUUGGAUUGA